AUGGUUUAUUUCACUAGAGAGGGAACUGCCAACGGCGAACAAAUUUACAUGGCCGUAUCGAACAAUAACAACCCAGGUUCCUGGACCACUGUAAACAAUGGCCAGCCUGUGCUGAGCUCCACUGUCGGGAUGAAGGGUGUGCGUGAUCCCAGUAUCAUUCGCAGCCAAGACGGCAAGAAAUAUUGGAUUAUCGCCACGGACCUCCGAGUAUACCCUCGGGGCUGGGAUGUAGGUGAUGACUACACCUCCAAUGGGUCCAAAGGUCUUGUCGUGUGGGAGUCGAGCAACUUGAGAACUUGGUCAGCUUCCCAACUGAGGAUUAUGCCAUAUGGGAUCCUGCAACCAGCCGCUGGGGAAGGUUUGUUCAUCAUGCGCUCUUUUACCACUGACUUUGUCAGCUUCACCCUGCCGAGAAGUGGCUCACGGGCGCCGGCAUGGACGCCACCGUCUUCCGCGACCCAUCGUCGUCCAUAUUCUACCGCUUCAGCAAAGAACGGACCGAACAACCUCGUAGAGCAAGCUCGCGCAAGCACCCUGAACGGACCCUGGACCGUCAUUCGUAACGAGAUUGGUCAGGGCCUACCCGCUGGCGAAGGACCUUUGGUGUUCCGUGACAACAUCACGCCGAGCAAGUGGCAUAUGCUGAUCGACGACUACACUCGCGGCCGUGGAUACCAGCCCUUCGAAACCAGCAACAUUGCCACUGCCAACUGGUCACCUGCAAGUUUGACCUUGCCACGCAGUGCUCGCCACUGUUACGUUAUUGGAAUAACUGCGGCCGAGAGAAACUGCAUUGUGGGAACUGGCACCUGCACUGCUGGGUCUGGCACUCCUUCGCCCCCAACAACUCCAUCUCCCCCGGCGAGCCCCCCUCCUAGCGGUAGCGGAAGCUGUGCUGCUGCUUGGGCGCAAUGUGGCGGGCAAGGUUGGACUGGCGCAACUUGCUGUCAGUCAGGGACUACCUGCAAGGCGCAAAACCAAUGGUACUCGCAAUGCACUUGA